UGUAACUGCGAUACCAAAAUUUAAACAGGAAUGCUGUGUUUUCGUGUUAAACAUUUAAACAUCGCACUUUAUUUUAGAAUUGUGUACUUAUAAAUUAAAUGUAUUAUCAUUGUCAUGUAAGAUUUAAUCGCAUGGAAAGGAAAAUGUGUUGUGCUUUUUGUAGAAACUGAUCAUAUCCAUAUUUUUGGCAAGUUUUGUCACCUGAAGGUUGAAUUUGAAUUACAUUUUGCAUUCUAACCAUUUGUAAAAAAUCGCAGACUAUGGCCGCUAUAUUGAUUGAGCAAGCUAAAAGAAGCAUACCCCGUUAUAUUUUUAAGGAAAUCUGGCCUCAAAAUAAGUUUAUUAAAGUGAACGAGCGCUUUGCUACCAAUUUUGUGCCUCAGUCGUCACAAGUUAUAAUAUGUGGUGCCGGUGCGGUCGGAAAUUCUGUCGCUUAUCAUAUGAAUAAGAAUGAAUGGAAUGACAUAAUAGUGUUAGAGCAGAGCAAAAUUGGGAGUGGGGAUUCAUGGCGAAGUUGCGGUAUUGUGGGUCAUUUCCAUUCUACCUCAGAAGGCCGAAUAACCACAUUUAGUUCUGAAUUAUACAAAGAACUUCAAAAUUCUGGACAUGAUAUUGGGUUCAAAGAAACUGGAUCUGUAAAUAUAGCUCGUACCAAGGAAAGAAUGACUGAAUUGCGGAGACUAGCUGCUGAGGCAAGAAUUCAAGGAAUUAAAUGCGAAAUUUUAGAACCCAAAGAUAUUCCAAACUAUCAUCCUUUUGCAAAAGUUGAAGACUUGGAAGGUGGUAUAUGGGUUCCUAGUGAUGGAGUUGUUAAUCCUUUAGCUGUAUGUACCACUUUAGCAAAAAUAUCUCAAGACAGAGGUGUUAAAUAUUUUGAAGGCUGUAAAGUCUUAGAAAUAUUAACAAAUGGAGUAAAAGUAACAGGUGUCAAAACUAAUUUAGGUGUCAUUAAUUGUGAAUACUUAGUAUUAUGCACUGGAAUGUGGACUAGACCUCUUGGUCUAAAUUGUAUUCCUGUUUUUCGUGUUCCUGUACAUCCUGCUGAAAAUGCAUAUGCUAUUACUAGACCAGUUCCUGGUGUAACUCCUACAACACCAAUUCUUCGCGAUUAUGAUGCUAGAUUGUACUGUCGUGAAUAUGAUAAUGGAUUCCUUGUUGGUGGUUUUCGGGAGGAAGCUAGGCCAUUAUUUACGGAAAAAAUACCCGAAACUUUUUCUUUUCAAGAAUUAUCAUCUGACUGGAACUAUUUUAAACCUAUAUAUGAGGAAGCUUGCAUCAGAGUGCCAAUUUUAAAUCAAGUGGACAUUCAAAGAUAUGUUAGUGGACCUGAUACAUUUACACCUGAUGGUCAUUGGAUUCUUGGUGAAACUGCAGAGAUUGAUAAUUUGUAUGUUGCUGUGGGAAUGAAUGUUAAUGCUGUCCAAGGUGCUGGUGGGUUAGGAAAGGAACUUGCUGACUGGAUAACAACUGGUGAACCAAAAGCAUAUUUGCUACCCUUUGAUAUAAGAAGAUUCAUUGAUCUGCAUAAUAAUUCAAAAUUUCUCCGAGAAAGGGUGCAAGAAGCUGUUGGCUAUAAUUAUUCUAUCAGACAUCCUAUACUAACGGAGUUUAAAACUGCACGUAAAUCUAGAUGCUCUCCACUUUAUACUGUUCAAGAACAAGCUGGAGCUGUAUUUGGAGAAAGAUUGGGUUUUGAGAGAGUUUUGUAUUUUGAUCCAUCAAAAUCUAAGGAAGAACGUCUUAACCCACCUGAUAUUAUUUUUGGAAAACCCUCUUGGUUUGAGAGUGUUAGAGAAGAAUAUAAUGCUUGUAGAGAACGUGUUGGUAUCAUUGAUAUGUCUUCCUUCACAAAAUUCCAUCUUAAAUCUGGAGCAACUGAAGUUGUAGACCUAUUACAGUUAUUAUGCUCUAACGAUAUUGAUGUUCCUGUGGGCAAUAUUGUAUCUUCUGGAAUGCAAAAUGAUAAAGGUUGUUAUGAAAAUGAUUGCUUGCUCUUACGAAGAGCACACAACUGUUAUUUUAUGAUGUCACCUACCGCUCAGCAAACUCGAAUUACAGAGUGGAUGAGAAGGCAUAUGCCAAAGGAUGGGUCAGUUUCUAUGAGAGAUGUUACUUCAAUGUAUACUGUACUUAAUGUAGUAGGACCGAAGUCUAGAGAACUUAUGUCAGAAAUGACCAGGACUGAAAUGGAUAUACCUGGCUUUACUUGUAAGAAAAUCAAUGUUGGAUAUGCUGGAGAAGUUCUUGUGAUGGGAUUUAAUAACACAGGUGAACCUGGAUAUUCCCUCUAUAUUCCGUCAGAGUAUGCUUUACAUGUGUAUAAUAAUCUUAUGAAUGCUGGAAAAGAUUAUGGGGUCCGAAAUGUUGGUUAUUAUGCUUUGCGUUUCCUGCGUAUUGAAAAGUUCAUCCCAUUUUGGGCUGAGGAACUAGAUAGCCAUACUACUCCUUUUGAAGUGGGUCGAGGUUUUAAAGUUAAAAUGCAGAAAGACUAUUUCUUAGGGAAAUAUGCAUUACAGAAUCAGUUGGAGAAGGGCCUAAAACGAAGGUUAAUUCACUUUCAACUUGAGAACCACAACCCAGAAACUGAUAUAUGGACUUGGGGUAGGGAACCUAUUUACCGUAAUGGACGUUAUGUUGGGAAAACUACAUCAUCUGGCUAUGGUUUUACCUUAGAACGAGUUAUUUGCCUUGGCUUUGUGCACAACUAUAAUGAACAAACUGGUGAACCUGAAACUGUAACAACAGAUUUUAUUACAGAUGAUGCUCAUUUUGAAAUUGAAGUUGCAGGAAAGAGAUAUCCUGCACGAGCUAGUCUUCAUGCUCCACAGAUACCUAUAGUCAGUAUGAAUGGGACUAGCACUAGGUAUACACCAAAAGCCAGGUUAAGCAGUGUGUCUCAUAGUACUGACAGUUAAAAUUAUAUUGAAUUGAUGUAUAUAUACAUAAACAUGUAUUUUUGAGUAGCAUUCUUUCAAUCAAUAAUUUUAGUAUGAUUUAAUAAUAACUUAUAUUAUAGUUCAUGAUGUAGUCAGAAUUAAAUUUUCCGACAGUUUUGUCGUAGAACAUUUAUGUGCCCAUUUUAUAAAUGAAUAUUUCAAAACUUGAGUGCAACAUUUAGUCAAUUGACACACAGUACCUGCUGCUUAUUAAAAGCUGUUUCAUAAAUGCCAAUUUUAAUAUUGUAAAUUAUGUUAUCAACUUUGAACUUAUUUAGUAAGAUAGUAACUAACAUUUAAUCUAAUAAUGAAUAUCUAAAUUAUUAAUUAAAAAUUAAACUAUUCACAAAACUUGAAGACUGAUUUUUUUAGUAAAAAUAAUCAUAUAAUUACAUACCUGAUGAAAUUUUAAACUUUUAUAAAAAAACUGCUCUAUCUGUGUUUGUUUUGCAUUGUUUUUCAAUUGUAUUUUCAAGUUAAUAGCUGUUGGUAGCUUUUCUAAUCUCCUUCUUUCAAUUUAAGAAUUCUUAGAGUUUGCAGUGCUUUUCUCGAUUCAACUGAGGUUGGCAUAUAGUCACUUUCUUCUAUUUCAGUUUCAGUCACUGAACUCUUUUAACAUUUUUUAAAACAUCAUAGUCAAUGUUUUCACAUGCUAUCGCAGUAGUAUCAUAAAUUGCAAUGCAUUCUAAAAACAAAUCUGUGUAAUUUCUCUCAUUGAUGUUCGAAAUAACAGAAAUAGUUUACAAUUCUUCUGUGGCUUUUUCUAAAUAAAAACUGUGUUUUCUAAAGCAAUAUCAGUGUGUUGAAAGACUGCUUCCCAUGCAUUGAGUAUAAUAUGCAUAGCCUCUUGUUGCAACUAAAAUUCCCUAAAGGGAUAAACUGAUGUUGGCUUUUCCCAUUGCAGGGGGGGAAUACAGUUAGAACACACAGGAAUGAUGAUGUGGGGAAGAUGUAUAGAUCUGGCACUGUGCCGCAUAUGAUAUUUCAUAUUUGUUUUUGUCAUGUUUGUUAAUGUUAAUAAUAAAUAAUCGAAAGACAACUACUGUGAAUUAAAUGACUCAACACUUCAGAACGAAGACACCACACCUCUAACAAAGAUAUUAACUUAGUUCUCUCCUUCAAAGUGCUUUCAUUUUCACAAGAUUCAGUUUUGUUUAUUUUCUUGUAUUGAAAUUACAUUUGAAAGCUUUUAUGUUGAUCUUGAUCUAAUGGCUGAAUGAUAGAAAUUGUGUUUGCAGUAAGAAACACUAAUUUAAUAUUUUUCAGAAUAAUAUCAGAGGGGUGUGCAGCACAGUUAUCUAACAACAAAGCUUUCUCUCUCUGUGUGGUGUUUUUUUUCCCUCCCUCCUCUCCAGUUCUUUGUCCUUGGCACAAAAUUUUCUCCCAACAUUUUAGCAAAAUCUACAGCAUUUAAGUAAAUUGCACAAUGUUGUUCAGGAAAUCCCCAUUUUAAAAGCUGCUUCUCUUAGCUGCAUUUACUGAACACAUCAUAAUCUCUCAGUAAUUUAUCCUUUUCUUUCAGGCUUAUUUUUUAAGACAUUUACAAGUCAUGCACACAGCAAAUAAAAAAUGUUUUUGUCCAAUUUGUUAAAAUCCAAAAUUUCCGUUUAUAUCUAGCAGGAAGAUUGCAUCUUUGUCUGUCAAGUCGGAUUUCAGGAUUACUGUUAAGUAUAAUCAAUGAUUUCUCUUCUUUUUUCUUCAACCUAGAAUGACUACUCCCUUUUUCCAAUUAAAGACUGAUAAUGCACUAUAAUGUAAGCAAGCAUUUCAUCAUAUUUACUGAGAAUGCCCUACAGACUUAUUGUGUGCAUGCACAUCCAUUCCCUGUCAGCUGGUGUCCAAGAGAGGGAGCCAAUAUUCACUUAAGCACCACCUAUUCUUUAAUCCUGGGAAGCAUUUGUUAAUUUAUAAUCAAAGAAAUUGUUUCCAAUGCCUAUAGGGGACUGCUUUUGUUAAUUAUAAGACAAAGGUAUUAUGUCACUCUCGGCUUUAGUCUGGACAAAGAGAUUUACAAACAGUGUGACAGGAACUAGGGAAGUGUACCCAGCACCCCAGGAAGUCUUGGUUCUAACUACACUGGCUGGUGGCUGAGUUUCAUAAUCAUUGUGUUUAAUAAGCGGCAGGUGCUGUAUUAGAUGUUCUUGCUAGAAAUCGCUUAAUUUUUGGGUUUACAUGUUAAUAUUAAAAACUUACAUGCUGUAUGACCUCUGUUUAUAUAACAGAAAUAAAUAUGUCAAUCACAAAUAUCUAUAAGCAACAAAACUUUAUUAAUAUAUUAUCUUCUAAAUAUUCCAAAUUAUCAAUAUUUUAGUUAUGCAUAUAUACUUUGAAAAAAAUUACAAUGACUUAAUUUUAUAUUAGAGCAAAAUUAAAAGUUAGUGAAGUCUGAAAUUCCUUUUUUUCUCUGUUACCUAAUAUAAAGUCUAUUUGUGGAAUUUCUUUCUUAAAAAAAAGUGUAACAAAUUAUGUUAAAAGUAGCACACAGUAAUAAAGUAUUAUCUGUAAUUUGAAAUAAUUAUAGUAUAAUAUUUCAUAAUUUAUGUAUGUAUAUAAGAAAUUCAUGUAAAAUCCAAACAAUGCAUUAUAUAAAGAGGACAAAGAUUUAGAAACAAAAAUUAGAUCUGUUAUACUGGUUAUGUUUCUGCUAUUUUUUAAUCACCAACUUUGAAAGAAUUCCACAAUGAUUCAUUAUGCAUUGUUUUCACAUUUUAAUAAGUAAAUAUAUUGAAUGGGAAUAAAAGUCAAAUUUACUAAGAAUUCAUACAUUUUUCAUAUACAUCAAAAAAGAGAAGGAUCGAUUUACGAUGCCAUCCGUUGAGCUGAAGAAACGAUGGUAACAGUAGAACAGAUUAAAAGUAUGCAGGGGAUGAAAUAAAAGCUCCAUACGAAAUUUGUGUUAUAUCUGCAUGUUACGAGGCUAUGUUUGCAACUUGUAAUUUGAUGAUACUUCAAGAAAGAUUUUUUUGUUUUAUUGAUCAGCACUGGUUGUUUAGCUCUUUUGUUAGUUUUGAUUCUAAUUUGAUUUUGUUAGUUUUGAUUCAUUAUUUUUUUUAUGUAUGAAUGUGCAGUAAUAGCUGUGUGAGGCCUUAAAAUCUGUAAUAAAAUACCCUAGCUGUUAUAAACUGAAUGUUAAUAUAAUUUUUCUGAUACGACUGAAGAACAUGUUUAGCUGUUGCCCUCAUUUUAAUCUAUAUUUUUAUUAUUAUUGUUGUUGUUAUUUUAUUUUAUUUUAUUUUAUUUAGUGUUGAUGUGAUUGCUGAUAUUUUAGUACUAUCUGAUUUUUACAUUAAGUUUUUAAGUUACGUUAAGUUUUACCUUAAGUUUACAUUAAGCUAGAAAACGUUUUCUCCAUCAUUUUUUUAAAAUGCAGCAUAUUGAUUAUUGAUUAUUAAAAUAAACCAUUCCAUCUUUAAUUUUUUGUCCUAAUCAAAAGAAUAUGCAUAUUGUGUCUUUCAUGUAGAGUACUGUUUUGCAAUGGAUUCUUGCCAUUUACAUGUUCUGCUAAAAAUUAAGAUUUCUAAAAAUAUUGUAUUGAACUAAACUUUUCAGUCUGUAAAUCAGUGCUUGUCACUUAAUUUAUUAACAUCAGAGACUUUUCAUAAGUUGUUGUUUUAUUUUUAAAUUAGAUAUAGAUUUAAAUAUUGCUCUCUGCAAUUUAUACACAACCCCUUAGUUUUCAAGAAAAUUUAUACUAUAAAACUUUGAAAUUAAAUAAUUCAGUCUAUUUUUAUUGUAUAGCUGCUCUUUGUAUUUUAUUUUUUAUCACGAUUAUUUUCUUGAGUACUCACGAAUUUUUAUCACGAGUUUUCCUGAGUAUUAAAACUGGGGGAACUUACACUUUUUAUAAAAUUUAUUUUUUUUAAUGUAAAUGGGCUAAAAUAUGAACAUUUAUAUCAUUCAUAGCAUUUUUUGAAAGGAAGUAUACAUCUACAAUUAAUGAUUUCAAAAAUAAAGGCUGGUAACGACUUUAGUGGGCACAGUGGGAAAAAAAGUAUGUGUGUGUGUAAGAUAAGAAAUACGUAAAUCAAAAUUAUAACUUAAAUUAACUAUAGCCUGUUAAUUUCUCAUUUUUAUUUGUGUAUUUCCCCUCUCUAUUAUAAAAAUAGUAAUUGCUCAUAAUAACUUUCUUUGGUCUGUGUCAUUUCUAGAUUAAUUCAUAUGAUUUUACAUAGCACUCUAACAAAAGUAGCUUACAUAAGACUUUAGUCGAUAAUAAUUUUAGAGCUUUAUUAAUUAUCCAGUCAAAGGGUGAAACUGAAAAUAACCAUUAUGAAUUAGAAUUUCAUCCUGAAUGCAUCAGAUUUUGCUUUCUCUUUUCGUCUGAUCUAAAUUGCUGCUCUUUCCUUACUGUCACAAUAUAGAAAAUGUACCAUAAUUUCCAGAGGAAAGCCUACAUCAGUAUAAAUUCCAUACUUGAGGAAAAUGGCACAAAAAACUAAAACAUUUCAUCAGUAUAAAUGUCUCACUAAGUUAAAUUGUGCAUGACUUCGACAUGAACAUCAUAGCUACAAAAUCUUGAUGUAAGUCAUGAUAUAUGGCAUAUCAGUUAAGAAAAUGCAUGAAAUGAAACCAUAACUCAAAAAUAAAUUAUAGGUAAAAAGUCUAAAAUACACUUGUGUUCACAAAGCUGCUUAAUUAUAUUUACCCAGCUUAAGCAUAUAUCCAGAUACGUAAUACUCACAUACUGUGUUGUAAAAAAUGUUGCAACAACAAAAUAUUGAAUUGAAUUAUAGAAAAAAAUUUUUUAUUUUAUUUUUGUUGACAAAAAGAAUUACAGCAAACUGUACAUCAUAUGAAGCCAUCAGAAUCUUGAUAUUGUUUUCCUUUUAAAAAUUAUCAUCGGCUUUAGCUUGUUUGCAGAAACUAACACACUUAUACAUGAAGUUCUUUCAUGCCCUGUUGUAAGCACAGAUACAGCUGUUUUACCAGCUUUUUUAACAGUUCUGUUUUUAGGAGAGUCAAAAGCUAGUGGUGUUUCAUCCAUAUUUAUUAUUUGUGAUAGAAGAAUUUUAUUCUCACUAAUAAUAUCUGUCACAUAUUUUAGAAAAGAUGUUUUACAACCUGCCAGCUCAUUGGAAACUGUUGCCUGACUAUUGUUACACCAGCAAAGACCUCUUUUGGAGUUAUUUAUGUUCAGAGUUCCCACCACCAACAAAAAUUUUGCUCGUAAGCGAAUUUCUAUAGUCAAAAUUGUCCUUGUCUUUCCUCAUUGCUCCUUUAUCCACUUCGCAGGAUCGUCCUCUAGAUUUGGCCAUUUUACAAUACCACUUCUUUUGACUCAUUUCCGUUGUGCCAUAUUUUCAAGUUCUUGAUUUUCAUCUCUACAACAUCAAAUGCAUUGCUCAUCAACUUCAAAUUCUCAAGCUGCUACUCUAUUUCCAGCUUGUUUAGCACAGGAAAUUAAGCUUAAAACUAACAGUAUAGCUUCUGUGCCGUUUAGGUGCCAUUAUAAAAAUAUUUUCACUUCUUUCUUACUUAAAAACUAUCCAACAAGCACUUACACUGAAGCUUAUGGGAUCUGUAGCAGGCAGAAUGCCAAGAAGAAUUGUUUUGUGCCAAAGGGGUGGAAAAAGAGGAAAUACGUUGGGAGUUCUUUAUUGCAACACGGAUGCAGUAAUGCCACAUUUGAAAAGAACCCUAGUAAAUUUACAAUAGGAAGGGAAGGGGAGAUAAUGGGUUCCAGAAGAUUCAUCAAGGAGCAAAGAAUAGACGCUUCUCAAACUGAUAUGAAUGAAGUGAAAACAUAGCAGUUUUGAGGUCUCAUUUAGGGUGAAAAGGCACGUAGGUCCAUUAUGACAUCUUAGUGAAUAUUUUUUUAAGUGCACAUAAUUGCCACAUUGGUAGAAACACCACAGCUACUAAAAAUUUUAAUUUUAAACAUAUAAAUGCUGCGGUGUUUCUUCUGGAAAUUGUGGUAAAUGUUCUAGAACAGUCAUGAUUAGAGUGCCAAGUUAUUUGUAGCCACAAAUGUUUAACUAAAAUAAGAGAAGUAUUAUUUAAAUUCGUUACAUCUGCACUUAUAGCUUCAUGCUUCAGUAUCCCAUUCUGUGACAUUUUGAAAUUAUCACAUAUAUAUUUAUUUACUAUCUAAAAUUUCUUCACAUUUCCUAAGAUGUAAUCUAAUCUUAUACACAUGUACUUUUUUAUUCUUAUAUUUUUUAAAUAAAGAAUGACUAGAAUAAGACAAGAUUAUAUUUAUUGCAGUAUGUAAUUUGCGAAAUCGGUUUUAAUAUUCUAAUUUUUUUAUAAAGUGUCUAAAAUACAAUUUUUCUUAAAAGAGUUUUUAGAAGAAAUAUUUUUUUAAAAAAAAGGACAUUUACUGCAGAUUAAUUGUCAAGCUAGUUUUUAGUAGCACCUGUAAGGUUUAAUAUUUUUUAUCAUUGCUAGUGUACCUAUUUAAAACGAUGGAAGUCAUGAAUAGCAAGCACAUGUAUUCGAAUGUUUUGUAUAAAAGCAUACAACAACCAUUUUUACUAUGUAAAAUAAUAAAUAAAAUUUAUAUUCGUUAAAUAAAAAAA